CAGCCAAUCAGAGCUCUCGUGGGGUUUUUAAAUCCUCCACGGUGUGUCCGUCCAACUCUGCGGUGCAGUACUAUGAUGUUUGUCGUUGGAGGAACAUUGGACUAAAUACACUUCUAGUCCUCUUUAGCGUGUUUCUGUGGACCUGACAUGGCAAAAGGAAAGAAAAAUUUGGUGAGAACUGACAAAAAGCCCGACGACGCUGUUGAACUUAAAAUCAACUCACUGAAGGAGACAAAGGAAAACACGCCAGUAAUUCACAAAGAUUGCAUAAGCAAACCACAGGCAAAUUUCCAGAGUCUACGGAGUCCUAGCAAACCUCGAUCUCCUUUGAGUGAAAGUUCAAGCAUGCUGAUCCAGGAAGGAAAUGAAUCUGAUACAACUAUUCCUGACACGUUAACACUUAAAAAAGAUGUGCCUUCUGAAAUGAAACAUGACAGUCAGGAGGCCAAAGAGCAGAAGACUGUGACUUCUCAUGAAAUUAGAGAGCAACCCACAGACCAAUGUAUGCAAAAGGAAUCUCCCAUAAACACAAAUGCUGCCUCUGCAAAAGACAGCAAAGUUUCAGCAUCCAAAAACCGCAGUCGCACUGGUCCAAAAAAGAAAACAGAAAAUAGAGCUCCCCAAAACAAAAAGGUCACAGACUAUUAUCCCAUCAGAAGAAGUAACAGAAAAACUAAGGCAGAGUUAAAGAGUGAAGAGCACAAACACAUUGAUGACCUAAUAAAGAAUGGCAUCGAAGAAGGACUGCAGAUCAAACACAUAGAGGGAAAAGGAAGAGGGGUUUUUGCUGUUAAGAGCUUCAAAAAAGGAGACUUUGUUGUGGAGUAUCAUGGAGACCUGCUGCAUCUAGCUGAAGCUAAAAUAAGAGAGGCCCAGUAUGCCCAGGAUCCAACAACAGGCUGUUACAUGUAUUACUUUCAAUAUCAAUCUAAAACGUACUGUGUGGAUGCUACAAAGGAAACAAACCGCCUUGGGAGACUGGUCAAUCACAGUAAAAGUGGAAACUGCCAGACUAGGCUCCACCCCAUCGAUGGGACCCCUCAUCUGAUCUUGGUGGCUUCCAGAGACAUCGAUGCAGAGGAGGAGCUGCUUUAUGACUACGGGGAUCGCAGUAAAGCCUCCAUCUUGGCUCAUCCCUGGCUCAAAUACUGAACCCUAAUGACAAAUAUUUGCUUUUUGACAUGAAUUACAUGAAUUGGUCUCUGCUGUUCAUCUUGUCAAAGACAUAUGAAAGAUGAUCAGUACCAAAAUGCUUUUUAUGAUGAACAGAAAAGUUUUUCUUUUAAAUAGAGGCUAAGGCUUCAACUCAAAGUGUAUUUUUGCAACAGUUGUUUUAUCAAGCUUUUAUAUUUUUCUUGUUUAAUUGUAGCAGAUUGAUACUUCAGGACUAUUUCUCCUGAGUGGUAGUGUGUGAUAUUGUCCCUGCAUUUAAGAAUGUUACUCUAACUAUUCAAUUCCACUAAUGUAAAUUAUUACCUGUGUUGAAAAUUAAGGAAUAAAACAAUUGCGUUUUCAUUCCAGCUGUAGUCAGAUAAAUGUUGAAGAUCUGAAAAAUAUAAAAUGUCAAGUAGUGAUGUGCAGAUAAUCUUUUUAACUUUUUUAUUUACAUCUACCUAUCUGGUGAGUGUGCAUCAGAAGCCAUUUUGUGGCAAAGUGGUGCAAUGCUAUAAGACAGUCCUGAUGUUUAACAAAUGAAUAUCUGCUAAGUAUUCCUAUCAUAUGCCAGUGCUACAAAAAUUGUACAGAAUAACAUUAUUACAUUGAUAAUAUGCUCAGCACAAAGCAAAUUUAUUAAAAUGCAGAUGACAGCAGCAACAACUGUGAGUGGGGUAAAUGUUUUUUGAUUAAUUGGUGAAAACAAUGCUGCUUCAUAUGUUUACAUUAUUAAAAAAAAAAAAAAAAGGCCAUAAAUGUCAUAACUGACUUCAUAAACCUCUCCAAUACUUGUUAUAUAAUACUUUCCAGUUUAGUUAAUUAGUUUGUUUUGUUUUUUUAAAUCUAACUUCCCACAAAAUAUAUACAACUCUGGUCCAAAGGACAAUGCCUAUAAGACAAAUAGACCUUUACAUAAAAAAGUGGUUGACUGA